CGAAAGGAAGAAGGUGGACUGUGACGCAGCCUAUUGUGACGCAACGAACUGCUGUUCCGCGAAACGAACGUCCCCCCGCCCGGGCCGGCUGCAAGAAGCAGUUCCUUUCGUUAGAAGUUUUGAGAAAAUUAGCCGGUGACGUCAUGCGGUUCUCAUUCGACAGUUGUCAUUCGAAGGGAAGCGAGUAUUUCUUGUGAAGAGAUUCGCGUGGUUUCCAGAUAAAGCGGCUUUGUCAAGGAGGAGGCAAGCGCUCUAUUCCUCACUUCCGUUCCUUUGGUUUUGCUGUGCUUACAGCUCCUGUCCGGCGGUGCUGUCUUCAGGGCGCGUAUUGGCGGUCUGAGUCCAAGGAAUGGACUCCAACGCGCUUAGCGUGAACCAUCGCAUGCAGCGUACAGCAACACUUGCUCAGCAAGUUCUGGAGCGGGCGAAAACACGGAAAUUGAACUGGCCACUGCCUCCUCAACUCCAAAGGAGGACCUUUCGGGUAAAGGGAGGGACUGAUGAAGAUGCUUCUCUUGAUGCUGCUUUUGCUUCAUUUGCUGAACACAUGGGCUGUAUAUCUGCAGACUGUGAGAAUUACUACUGCUCAAUGCCACCAUUUCAGUUUGAAGAGCAUGAAGUUGCACAUAUUUUUCGCUAUCACAGCAAGGAAGCAUCUGAAAACUUGCUAAGAGCAUUUGAAAAUGAGGAAAAUAAAAAUGCUCCGAUAGUGGAAGAGCCUGAAUAUCACAAAACCCAAUCAGCUGCUUUAAUUCCAGCUAAGACCUCUACAUCAAAAGAGAUUUGCAUUAAAGUGUCUCCUGGCACAUACACAAUCAGCACAUCUUCGUAUGAUGACACCAUCAGAGAAGCACACCUAGUAAACGUUCAGCCAGGGCAAAGUGUAAACCUGACUUUUCAUUUAUGAUCUCCUCAUUAAGAUAACAAUUAAAAUAGAUUUCAAUGUCUGAAGUGCCAUCUUUUCAUACAUAAUACUUUUAGCCUUAUAUUACUUGAAUAUUCUGCUCCAUCUUAUUUUUUUACUGUUAUAGCUUGAACUCUGUUAAAAUUUGCUAUAGUUUGAAUCAUGAAUGUAUUUUUACUUGUAUGCUAUGUGAUUCUUUGUACCCAAUAAAUUGUG